UGGACUGCUCUCUUUCUCCCAAUAGGUAUCUGCUCUAGGCGCCGGUCAACCCUGCCUCUUUCUCCGAACAGUAUAAUUUUUCGAAGCAAUGAGCGAAGCAGAUCAAGAGUUGAGCAGCCGGGAUGGGCUCUCGAGAGAAAAAGAGGCCACACCAUCGCAAAGUGAUCAAAGUGCGCAGUCACAAACUAUCGUCUCCGGCUCCGGUGGCGACCGUCCGGGGGUAAAAGUGUACGUCCAGACGAGCAAAUUUCGUCCUGGUGACAGUGUGCGUGUUAUAUUGAGCGGCGGCAGACGGGAUGGGCCGUACUUGGUUGAAUCAGUGCCUUCGGUUGCGCGGUACACGCUGUGUUUCGAGAACGGAGAGUCUGCGAGAGGCGGAGCGGUAGUACACGAGAAUGACUUGGAGGUGGCCUAGGACACACAUAUUGGUGUACUGGUAGUGCAUAGUCUGUGCUUUUAGGGCAUUUCGCUAACGAUUGUUCACUGAAGAGAACUUUGACAAUUCCGACUUUUUUCAUAAUUGCUUAGGAUAAGGUUUCUAAACCCGAUUUAACUUCUUUUAUCUUAUGC